CAUCUUUGAAACGGUCCCGUUAACCGGAGAGCUGCGUCCCGUCCCGUCCUGAUACAACUGGUUAUAACGGAUUAACUCUCGGCUGAAAGCGGAUUGAAGUGUUGGAGUGGCGGUUAAAGCCAUUAGCUUUCUCAGGCUAACAAGUUUGAUUCAUUUACAAACAGAAACAUAGAUUUACGGUGUCUUUUUAAGUGAGAAAAUCAAGAAGGCGGGAAAAAAGAUGAUUGAAACAAUUGACACGCAGCGCUGCCUUCAGGCAGUGGAACGACUGCAGGCUCGUCUGAAGGAGAAAGGAGGCGACGUGCCCUCUGACGAGAAACUGAACCUGCUCAAAUCCGUCCUGCAAAGCCCUCUGUUCCACCAGAUCCUCGCCCUCCAGAAAUCAGUACAGCAUCUUAAGGAACAGCCUUCAUGUGUAAACGGAGGAUAUGCUGACUCGGGUCAGAUUAAUGGACAAACCUCAUCAGAGGAGCACGAGCACAUCAUUCGCACCAUGGCUCAGGGUCGGUACGUAACUCAAGUUGACUUGGUGAAGCCGGUAUCAGGAGGUCUGGGCUUUAGCGUGGUAGGACUGCGAAAUGAAAGCCAAGGAGAACUUGGGAUUUUCGUACAGGAAAUCCAGACAGGGAGUGUCGCAUACUGUGAUGGGAACCUGAAGGAAGGAGAUCAGAUCCUGGCGAUAAAUGGACAGCUACUGGAGCAGAACAUCAGCCAUCAGCAGGCAAUCGUGCUGCUGCAAAGAGCAUCUGAGCAUGUACAGAUUACGGUUGCCAGAGGGGCAAUUCCUCAGCUUUCCAGCCCAGUGGUGUCCAGAACACCUAGUGCUGCUAGUACACUGUCUGCACAUUCAAGUGGGACUCACUGGACACAUAUGGAGACUAUAGAGCUAGUCAAUGAUGGCACUGGUCUGGGUUUCGGUAUCGUCGGGGGUAAAACUACCGGCGUCAUUGUCAAGACCAUUCUACCUGGUGGUAUCGCUGAUAAGGACGGUCGCUUGCGCAGUGGCGAUCACAUCCUGCGUAUCGGGGACACUGACCUGUACGGUUUGGGCAGUGAGCAGGUUGCUCAGGUGCUGCGGCAGUGCGGCAACAGAGUCAAACUGCUCAUCACUAGAGCAACCGUGGAUGAAGCCUCCCCUGCGCCUGUACCCCUGCCAACAGUUACUGAGCAACAGGACCAUGAAGAAGAAGAAGAAGAAGAAGAAGAAGAGCAGGAUGCAUUCGAUGUCAGCCUGACGAAGAACACUCAGGGUCUCGGCAUCACCAUCGCAGGAUAUGUAGGAGACAAGAACUCUGAGGCCUCUGGGAUAUUCGUGAAGAGCAUCACAGCAGGAAGUACUGUGGAGCAGGAUGGCCGCAUCCAUGUUGGAGAUCAGAUCAUAGCUGUGGAUGGUGUGAACAUACAGAGCUACACCAAUCAGCAGGCAGUGGAGCUCUUACGCCACACCGGUCAAACGGUCCAUCUCAAACUCGUCCGCCACGGCUUUAGACCAGAAGACACUCUACUGCCGAUCACACCUGUGACCACUGAGGCUACACCGAGACAGGAGUGUGUCGCCAUGGACAGCAUGCACGACCUUAUGGAAACAUCCAGACAUGUAGCUGCUACUGUUGCUGUUUCACCUUCCACACCUGAACGAAAGAAAGGAUUCAAACUGAAUGUCGAUGAGGAAGAGGAGCUGAGGAGGAAAUGGCUAAAUGCUCUUGGUCCUAGCAACGAAGUUAUUGUGGUACAGGUAGAGAAAUUCAGCGAGAGCAGUGGACUGGGGAUCAGUUUGGAAGCGAGUGCUGGUCACCACUACAUAUGCUCGGUUUUACCCGAGGGACCUGUAGGACGUUCCGGAAAGCUCUACAGCGGAGACGAACUAUUGGAGGUGAACGGUAUAACUCUUAGAGGCGAGACACAUAAGGAAGUGGUGAGCAUUCUGAAGGAGCUGCCCGUGUGCGUGCGCAUGGCUUGCUGUAGGCCCGCCCCUUCGCCCUCGACUGACAGUCAAUCUGGCCAACCACGGCUGGAAGAAGUAGCGACAGAAAAGGACCUCGACGAUGUUGAGGACUUCCUUACGCCUGGCGCAUCAGAAACAAGCCUAAGAGGUCUCAUGCAAGAGGAGACUGUGGGAACGUCAUUGGCAAUGUGGGAGUCAGAGAUCCAGGACAUUGAGCUGGAGAAAGGAGAACGUGGGCUGGGUUUUAGCAUCCUAGACUACCAGGACCCUAUGGACCCAGCUAAGACUGUGAUCGUGAUCAGAUCCCUGGUGCCUGAAGGUGUGGCUGAACUGGAUGGACGUUUGUUGCCAGGAGACCGGCUGAUGUAUGUCAACAGCAUGAACCUCGAGAGUGCUAGUCUGGAGGAGGCAGUUCAGGCACUGAAGGGGGCCAGCUUAGGCACCGUCCACAUCGGAGUAGCCAAACCGCUGCCUACUCCUUCCUCUAUCUUCUCGGCUCUGUCGAUGAUGGAGAGAGAUGAGGGGGAGGAGGAGGAGGAGGAGGAGGAGGAAGAAGUCUUAUUCCGUGCUGAGCCAGUACUGAUCGACACUAGCGACGUGGACUUGUCAGACGAGAAGUUCCGUCGUCAUUACGACGCCGAGGAAGACGACACGUUUCAGGCGUCCAUGAUCGCCCUUCACGGAAGCACCUGCAGUGCAGAUCUCACCUAUCAGAUGGCCGUGCAAACCUCCACCCCUCAGAGAAACACUCACCUGGAUUCGUUCACGGAGUAUCCUUUUACGACGGCGCCUGAAAUCGGACCGCCGUUUUCUUCCGAGGAGAACGGAGCAUCCGUACGGCUUGAAGCAGCGACUGUAAGACUUGGCUCCUCCCACUCUGAUCUGAUUACGGAGCGUGAUUUCGAGAGAAUGGACUCCACGGACCUAGUGAUGUCAAACGCAAACCCAGCUUCCACUUGUAAAGAAGAGACACUUGCAUCAACAUUAUACAAAGAAACAGGACCGAUGGUGGCAGAGAGACGUGUUCGUGCAGCUCAAGAAGAGGAAGAUGAUUUCCCAAUGGAUAAAACUCAAGAGGAGGAAACCGAUCAACAUGAAAUGACUCCAGGGAGCAAUUUUGAGAGGACCAUCACUGUCGUCAAGGGCAACUCAAGUUUAGGUAUGACGGUGAGCGCAGUGAAGGAUGGUGCGGGUAUGCUGAUCCGCAGUAUCAUUCACAGUGGGGCCAUAAGCAGAGACGGACGUUUAGGUGUUGGAGAUCUCAUUCUCGCCAUCAACGGCGAAGCAACCGGGACCCUGACCAACGCACAGGCACGCGCCAUGCUGCGCAGACACUCGCUCAUUGGAUCGGAAACGGGAUCUUCACUUGCUCCGGAAGAGGAGCUCUGCCCCUUUUAUAUCAUUACCUAUGUACCAGCGGAGUAUUUAGAGGAAUACAAGGCUCUUAAGCAGGCCAAGGAUGAUUGCUUUGCUGUGGAUGCAUCAAGCACACCAAGGUCUUUAGCAGAACUUCCAGAGAGGGAGGAUGGUGAAGGGGAGGAGAGCGAACUACAGACAGCAAACUUCAGCAACUGGAACCAAGCAAGGACAGUGGAGCUCUACAAGGAGGUGGGAAAAUCUCUGGGUAUCAGCAUUGUUGGUGGGCGGGGCAUGGGCAGUCGCCUGAACAACGGGGAAGUGAUGCGAGGCAUCUUCAUCAAGCACAUCCUCGAAGACAGCCCCGCAGGACGCAACGGAACUCUGAAAACCGGAGACAGAAUCGUACAGGUGGACGGUGUAGAUCUGCGAGAUGCCAGUCACGAGCAAGCUGUAGACGCCAUUCGUAAAGCUGGCAACCCUGUUGUGUUCCUGGUGCAGAGCAUUAUCAACAGACCCAGGACAUCAGCAGCAGACUCCAUGGAGGGCAGAGCUUCACGAGUCUCGAACCCCAACAACAAGGAUGUUGAGAGUCACAGUAGGCUUUUCCUCCGUCUCUCCCCAACUAACCCUUUCACCCCUACUCCAUUUAAGUUGAAUCGAGAGCCGGGGAAAAUUUCCCCGACGACGAUGCCAUUCCUCUCGGUGCCACGCAUAGGUGAGACAGACACGGACACGCUGACCCAGAUCCCCGAUCAUCUCACCCUUCCUCGUGACACGGUGGAGGAAGAGGAAGAUGAGUUUGGCUACACUUGGAAAAAGGUGGUCGAGCGUUAUGGGAGUCUGCCCGGUGUGUUGCACAUGAUUGAGCUGGAGAAGGGCAGAAGUGGUUUAGGCCUGAGUCUGGCAGGGAACAGGGAUCGCUCAAGAAUGAGUGUCUUCGUAGUAGGCAUCGACCCCAAUGGAGCAGCUGGGAGAGAUGGUCGCAUCAUUGUAGGAGAUGAGCUGCUGGAGAUCAACGGUCAGAUUCUGUAUGGUCGCUCCCAUCAGAAUGCCUCAUCCAUCAUCAAGAGCGCCCCUUCCAAAGUUAAAAUCAUCUUCAUUAGAAACACAGAUUCUCUCACUCAGAUGGCUGUCAUCCCGAUGAAGGAAUUCGGACAUGUCCUGGACACACAACCAGAGUCCCAAACUUGUUCCUCUCUCAUCUCCUCACUGUCUGAUAUGGACAUGUCUAAAUGUGUACAGAGCUUAUUUUUACCAGUGGAAGAGGAAGGAGUGGUAUUUAGUGAGGAGGACAAGAAUGGCACGAUCAUCCAGGAUGUUAAAGAAGAUGGAGCAGCCACAAAGAUACAGGUGACAUCAAUACUGAGCAAAGCGAAUACCUCGGGCAAGCUCACGCUCCACACAGAUAGCCACACCCCAAUAUCAACCUUAUCCAAUCAGACAUGGAGACUGUCAGACCCAGCGGUGGUCUCCAGCACGCCUCUGUCCUUGACACCCCCAGAAAUGGAAUCAGUCAAGAGUUGUUUUGGCGAUGGUGUUUCAGAUUCCAGCAGAUCGUCAACCCCUGCGACCUUGGCCUCGGACCCUGUGACCUGCCCCAUAAUCCCUGGUUGUGAGACUACCAUUGAUAUCUCUAAAGGAAGAACAGGGCUCGGCCUCAGCAUCGUGGGUGGCUGUGACACACUGCUGGGCGCUAUAAUAAUUCACGAGGUGUACGAGGAAGGUGCUGCUGCUAAAGAUGGAAGACUCUGGGCAGGAGAUCAGAUUCUAGAGGUGAACGGUAUUGACCUGCGCACAGCAUCUCAUGAUGAAGCAAUAAACGUGUUGAGGCAGACUCCACAGCGAGUGCGUCUGACCGUCUUCCGCGACGAAGCACAGUACAAGGAGGAGGAGCUGUGGGACGUGCUGUCGGUGGAGCUGCAGAAGAAACCAGGCCAAGGCCUCGGACUCAGUAUCGUCGGAAGAAGGAAUGAUACAGGUGUGUUCGUGUCCGACAUUGUGAAGGGAGGCAUCGUGGAGAGCGAUGGACGGCUCUUGCAGGGAGAUCAGAUUUUGUCUGUUAACGGCGAGGACGUUCGGACAGCAACACAGGAGUCCGUUGCCGCUCUGCUAAAGUGUUGCGUUGGCCCAAUCAAAUUGGAGGUGGGUCGCUUCAAGGCAGGGCCGUUCCAUUCUGAGAGACGCCUGUCUCAGGGCAGUCAGUUAAGCGAAGGUGGAAGCUAUAAAGCCAGCCAGCUGUCUUUUGCUGGUUCUGGCAGAUCACAAGAAGACUUUGAGGACAGCCACAGAAGUCUGGAAUCACUGGACCAAGACAUCCGAACUGUGGAGCUGUCCAAGGGUCCAUCUGAGUCCUUGGGGAUAAGUAUAGCAGGUGGAGUGGGUAGUCCUCUGGGCGAUGUGCCCAUCUUCAUUGCCAUGAUGAACCCAGCUGGUUUGGCUGCACAGACACAGAAACUCCGAGUUGGCGAUAGGAUCAUAUCAAUCUGUGACACGUCUACAGAAGGCAUGGCCCACAGCCAAGCUGUAUCACUGCUGAAAAACACCACAGGAACCAUAUGCCUGCAGGUUGUCGGAGGUGACACUACAGUAACAGGUCCUGCUCUGGAUCAAACAUCUGGACUCUCCAGCAGCAGCAUUUUCCACGAUGACCUGGGUCCUCCUCAGUGUAAGACUAUUAGUCUGGAGAGAGGGCCAGACGGCUUGGGCUUCAGUAUAGUGGGAGGAUUCGGCAGUCCCCAUGGCGACCUUCCCAUCUAUGUAAAAACAGUGUUUGGGAAGGGUGCAGCCGCAGAGGAUGGGCGUCUAAAGCGCGGGGAUCAGAUAGUCGCAGUCAACGGUCAGAGUUUAGAGGGAGUCACACAUGAGGAGGCUGUGGGUAUUUUAAAAAAGACCAAAGGGACCAUCACGCUCACCAUACUCUCAUAGGACACUAAAUUAUACAAGAUCAUCUUAAAAACACUGGCUUAUGUUACACACUGUGACCUUUUACCUGAUGAAUACUGUAAAUAUCCAGUAUAGAAACGUAUUUUUAUUACUUUAUUUAUUCUUUUACUAAUACAACAGAUUUCCAAUUCUUUACUUUCACAUUGAUGGGAAAUGAUUGAAUAACGUGUAUAAUAUAUAUA